AUGUCGAACGCAGAGUUGUCCAAUGUCGCGUCUAAUCAGGAAAUUCAGGAAUCAAAUACAACACUCAUUAAAGCAAUUAAGAAUUAUCUGGCAAGCAAAGACUAUAAGUUUUAUGUUGCAGCGUCUGCUACAGUGAUAUUGGCUGGAAUUGGCCUGUAUUUCUUUUGGACUCCAAAACCUCCAAAAUCAAGAACACAUAAGUCAUCAAAUCGGUCAAAAAAACCUAGAAUUCAUAAACCAACAGAAAGUACGAAACUAGGUCACUUUCUUAAACGUGUCACGGCUUCAAAAUUACUUAAAGAUCGAGGAAACAUCUCAUUUGGACAAAAGAAUUACCAGAAGGCUAUAAAACUCUAUUCCCAAGCGAUCGCUUUUAAUCAAGAUGACCCUAUAUUUUACAGCAAUCGAGCUGCAUGUUAUUAUAAUACAAAUGAUUAUUCAAGAACCAUAGAUGAUUGUAAUAGCGCGUUGGAGAUGGAUCCUUGUUAUGUUAAAGCUCUAAAUAGGCGUGCGAUGGCAUAUGAACAAACUGCACGUUAUGAAGAAUCAUUGCAAGAUUACUAUGCGGCUUGCAUUAUUGGAGAGUUCAAGAAUGAAAAUGCUGCUACUUCAAUCGAUCGCCUCUUGAAAAAAGUAGCUAGCAUCAAAGCUAAAGAAAUAAUCAAGAACCGAAAAAAGCGUCUACCAACGACAAAAUUUAUUUCAUCAUAUCUAGAUUCAUUCUGGAAAGAACCCAUUGAUCAAAACGCUGAGGCCAAUAGUGAACUGGGAAAUGCCGACUCCACACAACUUUCUGAUCCAGACUCAGAAAACCAUGCAGAUAAAUUAUUUGAUGAAGCAGAACGGUUUGUACAGCAACAAAAAUAUGAAGAAGCUAUGAAUGCCUAUGGGAAAGCUAUAAAUCUUGGAUGUACUAAGAUGGCCAAAGCUCUCAAUAUGAGAGGAACCUUUACUAAUUUAAUGGGUGAUUCACGGAAUGCUUUGGCAGAUUUCCAAAAAGCUCUCGAAUUAAAACCCGAUUAUGUUCAAAUUUAUGUAAAGAGGGCUACCAUUUACACGGAACAAGGUGAUAUAGAUGAAGCAUUGAAAGAAUUUGAUAAAGCUAUUAAAAUAGACUCUAAAGCUCCUGAUAUAUAUUAUCACAGAGGUCAAAUUCACUUUCUUCAUAAUAAUUUUGAUAUGGCUGUUAAAGAUUAUCAGCGUAGAAUUGAGCUCGAUCCGGAUUUUGUAUUUGCAUAUAUUCAGCUUGCUAUAUCUCAGUAUAAAAGUGGAUCAGUUGAUGAUGGGUUGAAAACUUUCCAACGAGGAUUGAAAAAAUUCCCUAGAUCUGCUGAGAUGCACAACUACUUUGGAGAGCUCCUUACAGACCAACGACGUAUUGAUGAAGCCAUUGAGCAAUUUGACAAAGCUAAUGAAUUACAGGCCGGAAAUUUUGCGUUGCCAUUAGUUAAUAAGGCAAUGCUUUGCCUCCAUGUAAAGGGUGAUUCAAAUUUGGCAGAAGAAUACUGUCGUCAAGCGCUGGAAAUUGAGCCUGAGAGCGAUAUUGCUAAUACGAUUAUGAGUGAGAUAUUACUUGCCAAAGGAAGUUUGGAAGAAGCAUUACAAUGUCUUGAAAAAUAUCAAGAGGUAGCACGUACUGAGGCAGAGCUACAAGGUUUAUUAGAAUAUGCAGAGGCAGCACGAUCGAACAUAGCAUUCAAGUCAAGAUACUCUCAAUAUUCUCAAUUUGUUGAUCGAUUGACGCCAACCGCUCGAUGA